AAAAUCCUUAUUUUUAUUGAUAUCCUAUAUUGUUUUCAUUAUUAAUUUAUAAGUUUAACUGCUUUCUUUCACUUCAUUUAAGAUUGCUAACCUACAAGAAGUACUAUCAUCAUCUUUGCCGCAUAAAUAUUAUAUAAGGUGUGUUCCGAUAUACACUGUUAAAAAUUCGUUCCGUUUAUGGACUGCCAGCAUAAGGGUGGUUUUAUGGCGUAACCUAAAAAUUGCCAUAUUGCUACUUGCGUUUCCGAGGUACAAAUUUCCAUAAAGUACUUGCAAGACGCAGCAGUCGAUCGUGGGAUCGUUGUAAAAAUUCAAUUUACAUUUAACAUUAUUAUCAUUUUUUAAUGAGACUACUCCAACCAUAAUAUAUUAUAAAGCUUUAAUAAAUUCAUUUGCAAACUGCAUCAAAAAUUAGGGCUGAUAAUAUACUGUAUAGCGUGGUAAAACCAGCAUAACAGAUUUUAAAGGAACACACAGUAAAUUAACGUUGUACUGAAUAGUAAUUGCAGUGUAUAUCGGAACAUAGACUAUACCUUCUUCGGAAAAGAUAAUACGAAUGACGUCGUAACUCGUAUGAUUGUAAAUUAACAUUAUGUGCUUGCAGCAAAUAAACUCUUACAUUAUAAUUUAGUGACAUUCGUACUAUGAAAGGCGGUUAUCGAUAGACGUGUAUCACCUUUUUAAUGUUCUUAGUAUUAUUAUUUACAGAUAAUUAAAAUAUUACCUUCUACGGAUUUUACUGUAGUACAUUGAUUAUAAACAUGAAAAAUUAAUUAUCACUCAUUUUUAGUUUUGAAAAAUGGGCUCUACUGCAGUAUCAAUAAGUAGGAAAGUGCAAUAUUUAGCGGGCAUAAGUGUAUCCUUCGCGUUUACGUUCACCGGAGCAGCAUUGUCUUGGCCAUCGCCAGCAAUUCCAAAGUUCAAAAAUGGAGAAGCAAAUAUUCAAAUUACUGACGAGCAAAGUUCAUGGGUGGUCGCUCUGUGCCCUCUCGGAGCCCUACCUGGUUGCUAUUUUGGACAGAUUUUAUGUGAAAGAAUUGGGCGACGACGGACUGCGCUUGCGGCGUUGUUACCCGGAUUUUUAGGUGCACUCCUAUUGCUAUUUACUAAGACGCCCUGGAUCAUGUGCGUAGCCAGAAUAACUAUGGGAAUUGCAAAUGGAAUCACAGCCGUGGUGACAAUGGUAUAUUUAACUGAGAUAGCUGAUAAAGAGAUCAGGGGCGCAUUGGGUAUGCUGACUCAAGUGAUGAUUAAUGGGGGAAGUCUGGUUAUGUACGGGGUGGGGCCAUUCGUGUCAUAUACAGCACUCAACUCCAUACUUCUCUCCUUAUCGGUUAUAUAUGCAUUGCUGUGUCUGUGGAUACCGGAGUCGCCGUACUACCAUUUGAAAGACGGCAGAAUAGAUGCUGCGAAGAAAGUAUUUAUGAUCAUCAAAGGCACUAAGGAUGAGGCGUGGGCAAAUGAACAAUUGGCUAUAAUGAGGCAGCACGUGCAAGAGAGUAUGGAAAAUAAAACGACUGCAAAAGAGCUUUUGACUAAUUUACGAUACCGAAAAGCAUUGUAUAUCGUUGCAGGUCUAAAGGUUCUACAGUACAUGACGGGCCAAUGCGCGAUUCAGGCUUAUUUAGAGCCAAUAUUCCGUCAGAGCAGUUCUGUGUCUGGACCGUACGUGAGCAUCGUGUAUGGCUUAGUACAGUUUGGAGCGGGUAUUGGCGCAACAUUUCUUACUGGAUACUACGGUCGCAGAAUUUUAAUGUUAAUAUCCAGUACCGGUGUUGCCCUCUCCAUGACCGCUGUUGGAAUAUAUUUCUUUUUACAAGACGUUUAUCGCAUUUCUCCAGAGAAAUUGGCAUCGAUAUCUGCUUUACCUCUAGUUGGUGUUAUGGGUUUCAAUAUAUUAUAUAGUAUUGGUUUGGGCAACUUACCCUAUAUUUUACAAGCAGAACUAUUUCCUAUUAACGUCAAAACAGUAGCAUCGAGCUUAGCCACAAUGAUAGCAUGUAUUUUGAACUUCCUUGUCACGAAAUCGUAUCAAGGUAUCAAAGAUGCGUUUGGACAUUACUCGGUUUUUUGGUCAUUCGCUAGUAUUGCGUAUUUUGGUAUAUUUUUCAUAUACUUUUUUGUGCCAGAGACGAAAGGUAUAACUUUAGAAGAAGUUCAAGACAAUAUGAAAAUGGAGGCUGUUGAAUUAGAACAAUUGAACAAAGACGAUAAUGAUAAAGCCAAAAAAUAAUUGAAAAAAUACUAUUAUUUAAGUUUUAUAUUUGUAAUGUUAUUGAAAUUCAGAUAUGUUUCGAUGUUUCAAUUUUGUAAGAUUUAUUCCGAUUUUGGAAGUAAUCUCCCACAUUGUUUUACGAGAAACAUAAUUUUUUAAAUAAGCUUAUCGUUAUCUAAGAACUAUGUAAAUAUAUUUUAUAAUAGAAGAAAAUACCAAAGUAUGUUAUGAUAACAUAACAUUGUACAUUAGCAUCAUUACAUUUCUCGCGCAAUGUGUUCAUGGCAUAAAGCUGUAAUCACUGCUUAAAACAUAAUAAACGUAAGUUAUUAAAACUUUUUAAGAAUGUCAGAAAUUAAACAAUCCGAGCCAAAGAACAAAA